AUGAACGGCGGCACCUUUUCCCCCCUUGCUGAGGGGGAAGGCUCCGCAAAGGACCCCGUAGACCAUCGCUUCCGCGGAAGGCUAGAGAUGGGCGCAGGCGCGCUUGGCGGAUCUGUGGCGGAAGCUUCGGCGGAAGAUGAGCGCCCGCUGAUUGCGCCAUCUGAGCGCAAAGGAGGCGCAUGGGCGGAAGGGGAAGCGCAGAGGACUAGCGCGCGCAUGGAAAAUGGAUGGGAUGAUUCCUUGCGCAAGGGGGGAAGCCAGGAGGAGUUGCGUCACGAGGAGGGCGCAGCCGCGGGGGAGGUGCGCGGAGACGGGGACCGCGAGGGAGCGGAGAGAUUGCGCGGAGGCGGAGCUCUCAAUAGCGCGGACGCUAAUGGAUGCGCGGAAGCUGGCCGUCCGGGAUCAGCUGGCGGAGGUGGCGGGGAGGUCGGGGGGGGAAAUGCGGCGGAAUUAGGCGGCGGGGAUGCGGGGAGAGGGGGAGGCGAGGCGGAAGAGCUGAUCCUGGCGGAAAACGACAAAGCGGAAGAGGAACGCGGAGAAGGGUACGAUAGGAGCGGAAACGGAAUAUGGGUAGACGAGGAGAAAGCACUCCGGGACGAGAAGGCGGCGGAAUCCGCGGGGGAUCCUUCCGCGGAUGGGGGCGCGAAGGGGAACGCGAGCGGGGACGAGAGCGAGUCGUCGCGGCGCACGGCGGACGGGGACCGGUCGUUCGUGUGGCUGCUGAACGUGCCGCUAGAGGCGGAAGAUGACGUGGAGGAGGACGUGGAAGUGAGGGAUGAUGACGAGGACUGGGAGGAUGUUGAAGAAGGGGAGGAGGGCGCGGGGGGGGAGGCGGAGGGGGAGGAGGGGGGUGGAGCGCCAGGGGACAAGGCGCAGCAGAGGCGGAGGCGGAGGAGGAGGAAGGGCGGCGCGGCAGCGGCGGACGGCGGGGACGGCGGAACCGCUGCGGAAGGCACGACGGGACGGCGCCGGAGCGAGGGAAGCAGGUCCGGCAGGGGCGGCGGCGGCGGAGGCGGCGCGGGGGGCGGGGCAGGCGGCGCGGAAAACACGUGGCGCGCGCUGGAAGGCCACGAGGACAAACUCGUGGAGCUCCAACGGCUCUUCGUAGGGCCGAAAUUCGCGACGGGAACGUACGGCCGCCUUUACCAGGGCCUGUACGAAGGGCAGGACGUGGCGAUUAAGAUCCUACGGCCACCAGACAGCGAGGGCGAGGCGGAGAAACUCGCGCAUCAGUUCAAGCAGGAAGUAGAUCUCCUCGCGCGCUUAGACCACCCGAACGUGGUGCGCUUCAUCGGCGCGUGCCAGCGCCCGCCCACGUGGUGCAUUUUGACGGAGUAUCUGGGCGGGGGGAGUCUGCGCGGGUUCCUGCAGAAGCGCGAGGGGCAGCUGCUUCCGCUGCAAGAGGUGGUGCGCCUGGCGCUGGAUAUCGCGCGCGGCAUGGCCUACCUGCACGCGGAGGUUAGUGGCAAGGGAGGGGGAAGGAGCGGGAGAAAAGGGGGAAAAGCGGAUUUUGGAGAAGCAGGGUUGGCGCGCGUGUGUGGGCGAACGAAGGGAGGUUGGGAGGGGGAGUGUGGGUGUGUGCGGGAGGAUGAAUGCGGCGUGGUGCACCGGGACUUAAAGCCCGACAACCUGGUCCUGACCACGGACACCAUCGUGAAGAUAACCGACUUCGGUGUGGCGCGUCUCGAGGCCGACACGUCGCUCAUGACCGCAGAAACCGGCACGUACCGGUGGAUGGCGCCCGAGGUGGUGGACCACCGCCCGUACACCAAGAACGUGGACGUUUACAGCUUCGGGAUUGUGCUGUGGGAGCUUUGCACCGUGCAGCUGCCGUUUGCGGGCAUGACGGCCAUGCAGGCUGCGUUCGCCGUGGUUAAUCGGGGCACGAGACCAGACAUCCCCCCAAGCAUCCCGCUCCCACUAGCCGAGCUCAUGCAAGUGUGCUGGCACAGCAACCCGGACCGGCGCCCGCCCUUCACGUACGUGCCGUUGAUCAACAUCUCUUGCGUCAUGCCCGCCGAUCCUGAGGGCCCCAAGCGGGGCGAACCCUCCGCCGCUCAAUCCGAUUCCGCAAAGCCCGCGGAGGCAAAAUCAACUGCGGGAGGGGCGGCGUCCGCGUCAGGCGCUGCAGCGCCAAAAAAUGAACCAGCUCCGGCGCCGUCGAAUGCGGUGGUCAAAUCGGCCGCGCCUGGCGGGAAAGCGGCAGCGCCGGCGGCAGCUUCUGCGCUUGUCGCUGCGAAGCCGGCGGGGACCACGGUAGCAGCAACGGUCCCAGCAAAAGCAUCAACAGCGGCAUCUGCUGCGACGAAGCCCGCUACUGCGACGGCCUCUGCGACGAAACCCUCGUCUGCGACAGCAGCUCCGGUGAAGCCCUCGGCAGCUGCGACGAAGCCUCCGGGCGUGGCGACGGAGGCGACAAAGACGCCCGGAGCAACGAGUACCGCUCCAGUCGCGAAACCUACAGUAGCAGCAACAGCAGCAGCAGCAGCAGCUGCCAGCGCAGCAGCCAAACCAGCAACGGCUGGCGGAGGAGGAGGAGGAGCGAUUCCCGCGUCGUCGACUAAGGCGGUCUCGACAGCUCCAACAGUCAAACCUGCAACGGUUCCUCACGUCGCAGGCACUCCAGCGGCGUCUAGUCAAGCAACGGAGACUCGAGUUGUCUCGGCUCAAGCCGCGAAAGCAGCGCCAACUACGGCAGCAGCCAAACCUGCUGCGCCUGCUACCGCUGGCGCAAAACCCGCAGGAGCGCAAGGCAAACCUGCUGCGGGUGCAGCGGGCGGACCUGCGCCUGCAGGAGCAGUGGCGGGGGCAGCGGCGGGAGCAGGGGCGGGAGCAGCGGCGGGGGCAGCGACGAAAGCUGUUCCGUCGCCGAAGCCUGCUGCGCCUGUGGCGGGAGCGGCGAAACCGGUCGUUGCGACGGCUCCAGUUGCGAAAGCGACCAUUGCGACGUCGUCAGGAGUGAAGGCUGUUCCGACGAUCGCCACUGCGACGAACGCCCCUGCGACAAACGCUCCUGCGCCUGCCUCUGCAACGAAGCCUGCUGCUGCGACGGGAACUCCGAUGGUGAAAGCUCUCGCGGCACCCGCGUUGGUGGCGAAGGCGUUGCCCGUCGCGACGGCUUCUGCGACAAAGACGCCCCCUGCGACAGCCCCAGUGGCGAAACCAAGAGCCACGUCACCUCCUGCAGCGAAAGCGAGAGCCACGUUACCUCCUGCUGCGAAACCAAGAGCCACGUCACCCCCUGCAGUGAAAGCUAUGGCUGCGCCUGUCGGCGGAACAAAACCCGCUGCUGCUGCAAGUUCCGUGCCUACCCCGGGGAAGGCGGAAGUGGGGACUGGCGCUGAGGCAAAAGCGGAUGGCGCAGUGAAGGUUGGCGCGCCCACUGCUGCGGCAGCGGGGAAAACAGCGCAGCCAGCCGCGGGGAAAGCCAGCUUGUCUUUAUCCCCCGCAGGCGCAGCUACGGGCGCAGCUGCAGGCGCUGCUGUAGGCGCAAUUACGGGCGCAACCAAGGGCGCAACUAAGAGCGCAACUACGGGCGCAACUACGGGCGCAACUGCAGGCGCAAUUACAGGCGCAGCUACGGGCGGAAGCGGAGCAGGAGGUGGCGGAAGUGCGGGAGCAGUGGCGGGGGAGAAAGGAGGGCAAGCGAAGACGAGUGGUGGUGAGACCACUGGAGGUGGUAAGUGCAAGGAGAAGGAUGGGAGUGGGCAAGUGGGUAAGGAGGAGGAUGGGGCGGGCAAAGACGGUAAGGAAGGGACGGAGGGAGGGAAGGAGAGUAUAGAUGAGAAGGAUAAGAGCGGUGGCGGUAAAGGGGAAGAGGGGGGUGGGGGUAAGGGAGUUGAGGUAAAGGGGGAUGGGGCGAAGAAGGGGGAGCAGAGCGCAGUGGUUGUUGUAGGGGGGAGGGCAGAGGGGAGAGAGGGAGAGGGUGGAAAAGAACUGGAAGGAGGUACAGCUGAUAAGGGAGAAGCGAAGGGAGACGAGAAGGGUGAGAAGAAGGGAGAAGGAAAGGGAGAAGGGAAGGGAGAAGGGAAGGGAGAAGGGAAGGGAGAAGAUAAGGGAGUGACAGGGGAAAAGAAGGAAGAAGGAAAGACGGGAGUGAAGGUGGAAGGGAAGGGAGGAAAGGCGGGAGAAGGAAGUGUGGAAGGGAAGGGGAAAGAUCAGCCAAGCGAAGUGACAAAGUCAAAUGCGAGAGGAGUAGCUAAGGAUGUAGAGUCAGGACAAGAGAAAGGUGUGGGGAAGAAGGUUGAGGAGAGAAAGGGGGAUGAGAAGAAGGGAGAGGUGGAAAAGAAGGUGGAGAAGGGAGAGGAGAAGAAGGGAGAAGAGAAGAAGGGAGAAGAGAAGAAGGGAGAAGAGAAGAAGGGCGAAGAGAAGGAGGGCGAAGAGAAGGAGGGCGAAGAGAAGGAGGGCGAAGAGAAGGAGGGCGAAGAGAAGGAGGGCGAAGAGAAGGAGGGCGAAAAGAAGGAGGAAGAAAAGAAAGGUGAGCAAAAAGAAGAGAAGGAGAGGGGCGAGAAGCAGAAGAUUCUUGAAGUGAGGGAGGGCAAUGUGUUGAAGCCCCACGUUGAAAUCGCUCAGAAGUCUCAAGGGGAGGGAGACAGGGAGAGCGACGGGAAAUCAAAGGAUUCAGGGCCGGAAGCGACAGAAAAGAAGGAUGGGGAGGUGGGAAAGGAGGGGGUACGAGGAGUCGAAGCUGUAAAGGUGGAAGGAGAGAAAGAAGGGAAGCAGGGAAGGGGGAAAGGACAGCAGAUGGAAGAGGAGGAAGAGAAGAAAGAGGAAGGAGAUGAUAUGGAUGUGGAUGCGAGGGAAGGAGGAAAGGAGGAGGAGAACGAUAAGAAAGGUGAGAAGGGCGGGAAAGAGGGUGUGGGUGUUGCGAAGAAGAGAAAGGUGGAGGAAGAGGAGGGAGGGGAAGGAGGGGAGGAGAAGGGAGGUGAGGCGAAGAGGAGGGAGGCCCAGAAGGAGAAGGAAGAGAAGAAGAAGGAGGAGAAGGAGGAGAAGGAGCUUGAAUGGGAAGAGGAAGAGGAGGAGGAAGAGGAGAGGGAGGAAGAGAGGGAGGAAGAAGAAGAGGAGGAGGAGCAAGACGAGGAGGAUGAGGAGGGGGAGGAGGAAAAGGAGGAAUCAGAGGAGGAAUCGGAGGAGGAAGAGAAGAAACCCGCACAGGGAAGGAGGGCUUCUGGGGACUCAAGCGCAGGCAAGGGCGCAAGAGACGGGGGCAGGGCCAUGGGCGGAAGGCGGGGCAGCGUGGGUGGUGCAGGGGGAGCGGGGGGCGCGGGGGGAGCGGGGGAGAGUGAGGCGGAGGGGGUGGUGCUGGGUAAGCGGCAGCGGAAGCCUAAUGUGCGUCUGGGGGAGCUUAUUUCCGCUAGUGCCCGCCUUGGCUCCUCUGCGGCUGUUGCUGCUGCUGUUGCAGCAUCGGGAGGGGCAGCAGGAGGGGGGAAAGAGAGCGCUGUUUCUCCUGCUGGGAAACGAGCUAAAACUGGAGGUGCUCAGACUCCUGUGGGGGGGAAGAGUAAGAAGGAGGGGGAGGGGGGAGAUAAGAAGGGGACACAGAGGUCUGGGGGAAAGGCGGGUGGGGGUAAGGAGGUGGGUGGGGCUAAGGGGAAAGAUGGGGGGAAGCAGGCGCAGGGAAAGGGACAGAAGGGAGGGAAGCAGGGGGAUGUGGGGAGGAAGGGGGGAGCUGGGGAGCUGGGGAAAGGGGAUGAGAAGAAAUAUUCUCCUGCACGCAAGUCCCCCACCCCUAAGAUCCGUCCUAUUCCGCAGGACAGCAGAGGCUUUGGGGGGAAAGAGGUGGGCGCAAGGGGAAAGAUGGCUGUAGCAGCAGCUGCUGGGAUGGGCAAAGGGGGGAAGGCUGUAGCGGCUGAUGGUAAGGCUCCUGGGGGGAGUGCGGGUGGCAGGGACAGCAGGGACAGGAGCAGGGCUGCAGGGGCAGGUGGUACGUGGGGGAGGGCGGCAGCAGGGGCGGCUGUUACUGGGGCGAGGGGGAAGGGUGCGGAGCAGAGGGGCGGGGGGAAGGACGGGGAGGGGAGGGGUGGGGAGGCUGUAGGGAAAUCUUCACCACAGGAGAAUGCAGUCAAGAGCAAGGACAGUGGGGCAGUGAGUGGGGCGCGGAGGGGUGGUGGUAAGGCGGUUCCGGAGCAGAAGCAGGAGAUGGGAUGGAACAGGAGCAGACAAACGAUUGGAACGAGGAGUGGAACUAUUGCUGCUUCAGGUGGGAAGAGAAAGUCACGGGAGGAAGAGGACGAGGAGAAGGAAGAGGAGGAAGCGGAAGAAGAAGAAGAGGAGGAGGAGGGGUAUAGCUCAGAGGAGUAUGGGAAGGGGGGGAGGAAGGGACAAGGAAAGACGGGGGUUGCGGCGGGAAAUGGAAGGAAGGGGGGGGAGGCGGGCGGGGAGAGGGCAGCAGUGACUCAAGGCAAGAGAACCCCUGUCCCUGCGAUCAAGCGCGCGAGAACAGACCAUGCUGCUGCUGCUGUUGCAACUGGGAGAGUGGCAGACGCAGAAGUGGGGGCGGCUGCUAAGGCAGGGGCGAGUGCAGGCGCAGGUCGUGGGAAGAGCAAUGGGAGGAGCGGUAAGAAGGUGGCCCAAGCGGAGGAGGCUCACGGGGACAAGAACGACGCUGGCACCGCAGGCACAGCAGGCACAGGAGCAAGCCCCGGAGCGGAAUCAAAGCUAGGGUACCUGGAUCGCAUGAAGAGAGGGCGCGAGCGGAUCAAGGCGGUGGGGGGGGUGGGCGCGUGGCUAGGGUCCCUCGGCCUGGCCCGAUACAGCAGCACAUUUGAGGAGAACGAGGUGGAUGUUGAGGCUGCCACUGUGCUUACUGCCGAUGAUCUGAAAGACAUGGGUGUUGCGCUUGGGGCGCGCCGCAAGCUGCUCUGGUGGGGAGGAGGAGAAGGUGCUGUGAGGGAUGGACGGCAAGGGAAGGUAUCGCCUUCGGCACUCUCCGCCGCGCUGCUCCCCGCCCUGCCCGCGCUCGCGGACAUCGCGGAGGAUGUUGCGGGGGCGGCGGAAGCGGGCGGCGCGGAGGGCAUUCCUGCGGUCUUGGUCGCUGCGGGGGCGGUGGCUGGCGCGGGGGCGGUGUUCGCGGGAGUGAAGGCGUACGCGUACUUCCGACUGCAGUUCCUAGUGGCGCGUUUCGUGGGCCGGCACGUGCCACGUGGCGGCGCGGUAGUGCUGGAUUUCCGCGCGGGGAGCGGCAGGAACAUCUACUACCUGCCUGAUGACGUGGACAAGCUGCUGGCCAUGCAGUCAGACGUGCAGCCGAGCCUGCUGAAACAACAGGCCAUAUCAUCAGGAGUGGCGAUUGAAGUGCUGCCAGACGGCCUCACCGCACUCAACCGCAUUGAAUCGGCCUCUGUCGACGCCGUGAUCACGGUGGACGGCUUCAAGCGUCUCACACCAGCUGAAGCCACCACAGCUGCUGCAGGCAUCGCUCGAAUCCUCAAACCAAACCGGCCACUGAUAUUCGUGGAGGCAUGUGAGAGUGGCAGCCCGGGAGUCAAGGACACAACCCGCCCUUCCUUCUCCUUCCUCCCAGAUGUGGUAUUACCCCUAUACGAGCAGGUGAAUUAUGACUAUGUGUUGCCCACUGUUGACCGUCACGUGGUUGGGGUGGCUGUUCGAUCCUCAGACAAGGCGCCUGUCUCUUCAAGCAGCUCUUCCAAAUCAUCCUCUGCUUCGGGGUUCAGUUCAGGCAGAAGUGGGAAGAAGCAACAAUCCUUCGGCAAAAUGGCCUUCAACAUGUUUCUAGUCGCCGUGAUCCUCUUUUCUGUUGGGGCCGCCGCAAGUGCCGAUGAGCGGUGCACCCCGGCACAGCUCAAGAAAUGCGAUUUUGUUGUGAAGGGCAGCGCGGGCGCCGUCCCCACAAUGACAGUCGAGGCCGUGAACGGCAACCGAAUUCUCUCCAACGCGCCGGUACUGCACAAGAGCGGACAGGCGGUUAACGCGGCAUAUUCCAGUUUCUGCUCAUUCCUGAACGAAAAGAAGCCGACGGGCGCGUGCGGAAACUACUUCUUUUUCAUGACUCGCAACACCAAAUUGAACACGACGAGCGUUAUCGCUAGCCGCAUGAUCCCCAAGCAAUUCGUCCCCAGCUUCAAGGGCAAGUGCGUGCAGAUAAGGAUCGACAGCGUGCAACUGAGCCAGACCGGGUGGCUCAACAAUGGCGACAGCAAAAAGGGCUUCCCUCAGGCGCGCCGCUGCGUUCUAAUCAAUACUGCACUUCCCGCGGCUUUCCAAGAUCGUCGCGCGCUCUCAGUGGCAGUCGUGGGGAGAGCGGGCGAAUGGCCAUUCGCGACCGAUUGGUCGUCGCAAGCGAUCGGCGCGGAGUUCCGCCGCGCCAAGAGCGGGCGCGGAACGGUAGCCGCGACGGCCACUCCCGCGGGUUGGACUGAUCUGAGUCUAACGGACGAGGAGAUUAGGGACGGGAUCGCGCUAGAAGCAGAGCUGCGCGGCCGUGACAGGCGGCGAAAUGCACGGCGCGCGCGGGACGACGCGGAGCUGGUCGCGGGGCCCGCGGAGGUGUUUGGCGGAGCGGGGGGUGGGGAGUCGGAGCGGGAAAUUGCGGUGGAGGGACCAAGGCGCGGUGUGCCGGGGAAGGGGCGCAAUGCGGCGAAGCGGAGCGCGAAGAAGGCCAAGGAUUAUGGAUCGGCUCUGGUGGAACUGAAGGGAAAGGAGUUGCAGAGAGUCGUGAGGUGGAUGGAUCUCCCCGAGGAAACACUGGAGGCAGUGCAGCUCGCACAGCUCGUCAUCACAUUCCUUAUCACUCCCCCCUGCUCUGUCCUCUUCCCAGGGGGCCUGCUGCGAGGAGUAUCAGAGGAAAGGAUGGACGAGGCCAUAUUUGCUGCUAAGUCGGGUGUGCUGCCCUCAUUUGUGGAGGAGGAAAGCAGGCAGGGAGAGGGGGAAAUGGUAGGGACAGAGGGGGCAAUGACGUCGGUCUUAUAG